CGCCACCUUAGUGGGCGUCUAUAGAUCUCCCCAGAAUCUACGGAGUACCGGAGGCCCAAUACUGUCCCUGUACUGUAGAAAGCAGGGAUUAUCGAAGACGAGUAAGCUCGCCAAAUACCCUGAAUCUAUUCCUUUCUACUAUUGUAGCAAACUUUCUGCUUUUCUUUCAUUCUCUAGGUCCAGUCCCCCCUAAGCUCCACUUCCUCUCCUCUCCGUUCUUGGCUCUCUCUCCUCCGCCCAACCGUACCGGGGCGGAGUUAACCAGAGCCCUUCCUCGCUUUCCCCAAUCCGGAUCGCAUCAUCUCCCAAACUCCAACUUGCUCAACUCAUUACGUUGGCACUGCCACACCUCAUCCAUCCACCGUUAUUUCCUGAUCUCUCAUCAGAUAAUCUCAGUUUCCAGACUCGAUAUCACUGCAACAGUCACUACUUCCGCCGUCGACCGACCCGAGGGAUACUACUACGUCAGUCCGCAGUAUCUCCAUCCGCUCAUCACCAACCCCGCCUUCUCCCUACCCCGUCCCGGCCGCCCCCAUCCUUGUCGACCAGGGAUAUAAUCAAGCUGGCAGGAAAUAAGCGCCGCAGCUUUUCUCAGCAGGGUGGGUUGCUGAGCAGAAUGUUCAGUGGCUCCUCGAGCCCACCCAAAGACAAGACAGACGCCCUCUCAACUCCUGUCCCUGGAAUUGACACCAGCGCCCUCAACAUCCAUCCCGAAAACGCCAGCCCUCGCGACAAGAGGUUCUCCCCGCCCGGUGCUGGAUUCUUUAAUCGCCGACAGAGCGAACAAGAAGGCCCUGCCAGUGAGAAGAAGCGUCGCAGCAGUACCGUCACCAAGGCGGCAAGCUUCUUCAGCAACGCCAAAAACUCGUUGAGUCUGAACGGCACGCGUGAAUCCUUCUCGGCCAUCAGCAGUAGUCCAUCCGGCUCCGAAAGCCCCCUCCAAAGACUGGGUAAGAUGGACCCGGCUUUGAGCGUCCCGCAAGGGUCCUUCAACAACUCCGCUGGUGAAUCGGCACCAACUGCACGAUCAUCCUUCCGCGUGGGUGUUACAGAAGACCGGAACCGAAAAUGUCGCCGCACAAUGGAAGAUACACAUGCCUACCUGUACAACUUUCUCGGUACUCCGGCCCCUACGGCGCCCGACAUAAAUGGCAACGAUCCUCCUGGGUCAGCUAGCGGGUCACAGGCGUCGGAGGCUUCAUCAAAUGUGGUGGAAACAGACAACGGUUACUUUUCCAUAUUUGACGGGCAUGCUGGCACAUUCGCAGCAGAGUGGUGUGGUAAAAAAUUGCACUUGAUCCUUGAAGAGAUCAUGCGCAAGAACCCCAACACUCCCGUUCCCGAACUUCUCGAUCAGACGUUUACCAGUGUCGAUCAGCAGCUGGAGAAGCUCCCUCUUAAGAACAGUGGAUGUACGGCUGUAAUUGCCGUUCUCCGCUGGGAGGACCGCAUACCCAGUUCGCAAUCGGCCACCGGAUCUGCCGCGCUCGCUGCUGCGGCAGCCGCUGGUAGGAUCGACGCCAACUCUGAUGCCAAUAAUACUCCGACUCAAGAAGGCCCCUCAAUCCCCAAGUUGCAGCACAAGGCUCAGCGACAGCGCGUUUUGUACACAGCCAAUGUUGGUGAUGCUCGCAUUGUAUUAUGUCGCAAUGGGAAGGCCCUCAGAUUGUCCUACGAUCACAAGGGUAGCGAUGAGAAUGAAGGGAAGAGAAUCGCCAAUGCUGGCGGGCUGAUCCUGAACAACCGCGUUAAUGGCGUGCUUGCAGUCACUCGUGCCCUUGGUGAUGCAUAUCUCAAGGACUUGGUUACCGGGCAUCCGUACACCACGGAGACUGUCAUUCAGCCCGACGCGGAUGAAUUCAUCAUUCUAGCCUGCGACGGGUUAUGGGAUGUUUGCAGUGACCAAGAAGCUGUUGAUCUUAUCCGCAACGUACAGGAUGCCCAACAUGCAUCCAAGCUUCUGGUCGACCACGCCCUCGCACGAUUCAGUACCGAUAACCUGUCAUGCAUGGUCAUCCGGCUCGACUCCACCCGUCUGAAGAAUGUUGUCAACAAUAAGACGGAGCCCAUAGGAGUGGAAGGUGACCCAGCUACGAACGUGGCUCACGGUAUGAGCGAAGCAGACAAUAUUGUGGAGGGAGCAAGGAAAAGCAUGGCCAAUGCAGGAAUCACCGAUCCCGGAACAGCAGAGCAGGUUGGCGAGGAAACUCUUCAGAGAACGGCCAACAAAAGCGAAUCCUCCGAGCCCGAGGUAUUUGCCAACGAGCAUGGUGAUCUGCCAUCGGUGGAUAUUCUGACCUCGACCCAUGCGUCUCGGGAAAUCAAGUGAUGUCAAUAAAGAACCCAAUCCACCCGAUUAUCAGUCCGCGAGGUGCAAAAAUCUGAUAAACAUACGUGUUUUUUUGACUCCUUUGAUCGCCCUCGAUCUGGAGAAUUUUAUAUGUCUAUCUCGUUUCUCUUCCUUUUUCUAGUAUUGCACAUUGGCGUCGGUUAUUAGAUGCAACCAACUAGCUUGCGGUUGUCUUCUUCUUACCUGAGCGCCGCCUUUGAGGUGUAUACGGGCGGAUUGGGCCUGGAUGUCACAGUCGCUCUAUUAUUCGGCAUCUAUCCUACCCGCUUUUUUCUCCUUUUCUUUCCCCAGCAUGCCUGGGCUCAUGAGUUGAAGAACAUUGUUUUUCCUCAUCCUUAUUUGUUUCUUGGUAUCACUUCCAUGUAUGUAGGGGUAGGCCGUUCCACUGUGUAAAUUGAAACCCCCGUCAUUAUGCCCAUGAGGUUAGAUCGAGAAUGAGCUUGUAGACUCUGUAAGUCAAAAGUCCUACGCUCAGAAGUCGAUGUGUCCUGAAAGUCUGGCUGGAAUGAUUGGAAACACUAGUUAUUUGAGCAUCUUUGUUCGUCACUAGAGUGAUCGGAAAUGUCUAAAAAUACAAUUGAUGCAGUAGGUGAGCUUGAGAGAUAGCGGGAGGAACAGACAAAAGGUUAAACAAGUACAAAGUAUCUCCCUUGGCCCGAAGCCAAAGUCAGGUGGAAGGGGAUAUUAUCGGAUCAAACCCGCUCAAUAUGAUCCAGAAAAAGCGGAUGGCCUACGGAAGAGAGAAAAAGAUCACCCCGACGGUGAUGGACGACUAUAACUUCUCCGCAUCACACCGGAUUUAGACCUCUAGAGAGAGAUCGGAGCGCUCUCCGCCGAUGAUGUUGUCACGCUUGAUCUCCAGCUCGCCAUGCUUGACCUUCGCAGGCCAUGAAGCAGCGUAGUUGGCAUCGUGCACAUCGCGCCAGAGAAUCUUGACAUCACCCGGCGUCUGGGGAUAAUUGCCGAUCUCGCCAAUCUUCACCUCGACACCCUCACGCUCACUCAGCUGCUGCUCCAAAGCCUCAAUGCGGGCUUGGUUCUGCUCAGCACGCUUAGCCUCCUCGGCCAUAGCCUCACGCUGACGCCUUCUCUGGCUGCGGUAGUGCUUUUGGCGCCAUUCUUCCUUGUCCAAGAUACCGUUCUCAAUCUCCUUCUCCUGAAUCUCCAGCACUGCCGCGAUGUCAGCAACGGAGGUCGCCUUCUGGUCCAUGAGGACCCGCGCACGCUCCUUCUUCUCCAUUGGGUGGCCGAUUCUCUUCUUAUUCAGCCUGUCAAAUUCCUCCGCGUCGGAGGGGUCCUUUGGCCGUCUGGACGCCAGGAAUUCCUCGGUGACUGUGAUCAUCUCGGGGGGAGGAGAAAGUUGUCGCCGCAGCGAGAAUUCGCGGAGCAACUGGUAGGCGCGGAGGCCGAGGCGGGCAUCGCCAAAGUGCACGGAGUAGUAUGGAGUCCACAUAUCCCGGCGGAGUUCGGCGGGGACGGUCUUCUUGCCAUGGUAGACCAUUUGGCGCAGAACGUUGUUCUCC